AUGACCGAAGCGGAGAAAGAGGGCUGGCGGAAACGGCGGAGCGAAGCAGCGGAGGAGGCCGCGCAGAAGGCGGAGAAGGAGGCGGAGGCUGCGGAGGCGGGCGCGGUGGACGAGUGGCGGUGGACGCUCAACUGGAACCACAUCCUGCCCAACCUCAUCGUCGGCUCCUGCCCCCGCUCGCCGGAUGACGUCGACCGCAUAGCGGACGAGGCGGGGGCGACGGCGAUCAUGAACCUGCAGUCCGACCUCUGCUUCGACGCGCUGCAGAUUCCGUUUGAGAGCAUUCGGGCGCGGGCGGUGGAGCGAGGGGUGCUGCUGGCGCGAGUGCCAAUCAGAGACUUCGACCACGGCGACCAGGCGUUCAUGCUACCGGAGGCGGUGCGGGUGGUGAACGUGCUGCUGCACCGCGGGCACACGGUGUACGUGCACUGCACGGCGGGCAUCAACCGCGCCUCGCUCACGUGCGUGGCGUACCUCUACUUCGUGCAGGGGCUGCGCCGCGACGAGGCCGUCACGCUCGUGAAGAACGCGCGGCCCGUGGCGCACCCGUACCUGGACUGCCUGGCGGACGCCAAGCGCCGGCUGCUGGAGGGGCGGCAGGAGGAGAUGACGGCGCUGGCCACUCAGAUCUACGAGCAGCGCAACAACGGCGGUAACACCGGCUCCGCCACCUCUGAUUGGUCCGCCGCCCAGGCGACAGCCAUUGCAGCAUCGUUCCGCAAGUACCUCGAGGUCGACAAUGUGAGUGCCGCCCUGCCCGCCCCUCCUGGUGCCGCACUGCCCGCCCUCUCCUAG